AUGUCGCAUAUUUAUAGUUCAAAUGCUUCGAUAGAUGGCGAAGGACCGGUGAAUUCUCCACCAUACGAUUCUUAUUUGAAUAAAUACAACAAUACCAACUUAUUGCAAGUUACGACUAAUAAUAGUGAAACCACCACUACAUUUGUGGAUAAUUCCAUAACUUCCAGACUUGCUGAAAAUAAUAAAAAAUCACCUAAUGCCACACCAGGAAAUGAAAACAACAACUCAUCUUCAAACUUAAACUUGGAAGGACAGGAAAUUUUACAUAAUGAAAAGAGGUUAUUUUCUUUCCUUUUUUCCAAGAAGGUACCACCCGUCACUGCACCAGAAGAAAGAACCAUUUACCCGUGGAAGAAAGCUAAUGUAUUCAGUAGGAUGAUGUUCUACUGGCUUUGGCCAGUGCUAUAUAAGGGCUAUAAAAGAACUUUAUUGCCAGACGAUUUGUGGUAUCUUACUGAAGAGUUGAAAGUCGAGUCUAUGCAUGAAAGGUUCGAUGUGAAUUUAAACAAAAGAUUAGAGAAAGAUAAGCAAAAAUAUUUAAAAAAGCAUAAUAAUCUAGAUGGCCAUGUUUGGUCGCCAUACAACAUCCCUUUGGCAUUAUUCGAUACAUUCAAAUUACAGUACUCCAUGAGUUGUAUAUUUUUGGGUUUGUCGUUUGUUUGUCAAGCUUUAUCUCCUUUGAUUACCAGAAGAUUAAUUGAUUUUGUUCAAAACUCUUACGAAACAAGAAUUUUUGGUGUCGAAGUGAGUUAUAAUGAGGGUAUCGGAUACACUAUCGGGGCUGUUGUAUUGAUUUUUGUUAAUGGUUUAUUGUUAAAUCACUUUUUCCACAAUGCAAUGGUAACUGGAGCUCAAGCAAAAGCUAUUUUGACUAAAUCUUUACUUUUAAAAUCCUUUAGUUUAAGUUCAAAAUCAAGAAAUCAAUUUUCAAUUGGUAAGAUCACCUCAUUGAUGAGUACAGAUUUAGCUAGAAUUGAUUUAGCUAUUGGAUUUCAACCUUUGGUGGUUUGUUUCCCUAUUCCUGUUAUAAUAGCUGUUGUGUUAUUGCUUAAAUUUAUCGGUGUCACUUCCUUGGCCGGUAUUGGUUUAUUCGUUGUUUCUUUGGUACUUUGCGUUUUGUUGACCAAAAAAUUGUUUACCACUAGAGAAGAAGUUGUUUUAUACACAGACGAAAGAAUUAGUUUGAUGAGAGAAGUUUUGACUAACUUGAAAAUUAUUAAGUUCUAUGCAUGGGAAAUGGCUUACAAAGUAGGUAUCACGAAAGUCCGUACUAAGGAAAUGAAAUAUUUAUUUACUAUUAAAGUUUUGAGAAACUUUGUUACUGCCUAUGCUGUUACUUUACCAACAUUAACCUCAAUGGUUUCAUUCACUUCUAUGUGGGCGAACAAUAGCAUGAAAGGUGCAGGUAAGGUAUUUUCUUCGUUAUCUUUAUUUUCUAUUUUGGCCCAGGCUAUCAUGUUAUUGCCAAUUGCUUUGGCUACUGGUGCUGAUGCCUUGAUUGGCUUCCGUCGUUGUAGAGAUUAUUUAGUGGCAGAAGAAUAUGAUGAUGAUUUGGAAGAAAGAUUAGCAUCUGACGUUGAUAAAAGAUAUAUUGCUGGUGACACCAAUUCGGAGUUUGAGUUCAAACACGAGUCUUUUGAUUUAAGUGAAACUGGUUCAUACGAAAAUACAAAUAAAAACGCAAAUGUGAUUGAAGUUAGUCAUGCUAAUUUUAUUUGGGAAAGCUUUUACACAGAAAAUUCUAGUUCGUGGGAUUUGAAUUCUUCAGGAAGUCUGAGUGAAAAGGACCCCAAACAAAAGAAAAAGUCUAAAUCUAAAGACAUAAAGUACCAAAUCAAAGAAAAAGAUAGUUUUCAAGAGUCCUCAAGAUCCUCUAACGAGACAUAUUGUGAAUCUCCCUCUGUGAUAGAAGCCAGAAAUUUUCCAGGUUUAACUGAUAUCAACUUAUCUGUAAAACAAGGUGAAUUCAUUAUAAUAACCGGUUCAAUCGGAUCUGGUAAGUCUUCAUUAUUGGCCGCUUUAUCUGGAUUUAUGAAGUUAGAAAAUCCAUCAGUUGGAAAAGUAAGCAUUUAUGAUGAUUUAUUAUUGUGUUCAGACCCUUGGAUUCAAAAUGCGACUGUUAGAGAUAAUAUCAUUUUCGGAAAGCCAUAUGAUGAGACUAGAUAUAACAAAGUAAUUAGAGCAUGCUGCUUAGAAGACGAUAUAAAAUUAUUGCCAGCUAGAGAUUUAGCUGAAAUCGGUGAAAGAGGUAUUACAUUAUCCGGUGGUCAGAAGUCACGUAUCAAUUUAGCAAGAGCUGCUUAUGCGGAUGCAGGUAUUUUGUUAUUUGAUGAUGUUUUAUCUGCCGUUGAUGCCAGAGUUGGAAAGCACAUAGUUAAUAAUUUAUUCAAUGGUCUUUUGAAGGACAAAACUAAGGUUCUAGCAACCCAUCAGUUAUCGUUAAUUGAAUCAGCUGAUAAAGUUGUUUAUUUAAACGGUGAUGGAUCUAUCGAUUUCGGAACUUUAAAUGAAUUGCUUGCCAGAAAUAAUCAAUUUAAGAGAUUAAUUGAAUUUAAUACGGAUCUUACUAGAGAUAAUGAAUCUAGAAAAAGUGAAACCCAAAGGGUGUAUGAAAAUUAUAGUGAUACAGAUUAUGAUAACAAUAAUGGUUAUGAAGGGGCAAGAUUAAUUAGACAACAGUCAGUUGUUCCUGAAUCAAGUGAUAUCGCAGGUAAAAUAAUGGGUGACGAAGAAAGGGCUACGAAUGCUAUUUCAUGGGAUAUUUACAAGAAGUAUAUUGAUUUAGGUUCUGGAUUCUUUGGUUGGUCUGCUGGACCUGUAUUCAUUUUCUUGAUAUCGUUAGCAACAUUUUGUCAAUUAUUUACUAAUACUUGGUUAUCUUUUUGGACUGAAAAGAAAUUUCCAAAUAAAAGUGAUCACUUCUAUGUGGCGUUAUAUGUUAUGUUUGCAUUUUUGACUGUUUUCUUUACUGCAAUUGAAUUUACCAUGUUGGCUUACAUGAAUAACAGAUCGGCUAAAUUAUUGAAUGUCAAAGCUGUUGAAAAGAUAUUACAUGCUCCAAUGAGUUAUUUAGAUACUAAUCCAAUGGGUAGAAUUUUAAACAGAUUUACAAAAGAUACCGAUUCUUUGGAUAAUGAGAUUGGGGAACAGUUAAGAUUAUUCUUAUUCCCAUUAGCUACUAUUAUUGGUAUUGUGAUUUUAUGCAUUUGUUACUUACCGUGGUUUGCAAUUGCUGUUCCAUUUUUGUCAUUUGCAUUCGUUUUUGUUGCAAACUUUUACCAGGGAUCUUCAAGAGAAAUUAAAAGGUUAGAAGCAGUUCAAAGAUCUUUGGUAUAUAAUAAUUUUAAUGAAACCUUGUCUGGAAUGUCAACUAUUAAGGCAUACAAAGUCGAAGAAACAUUCAUUGAGAAGAAUGAUAGAUAUCUCAAUAAAAUGAAUGAGGCUUAUUAUGUCUCAAUUGCAAAUCAAAGAUGGUUAGGUGUCCAUUUGGACAUUAUUGCUAGUAUUUUUGCUUUGAUCAUUUGUUUAUUAUGUAUCACUGAUCAAUUCCACAUUAGUGCAUCUUCAACUGGGUUGUUGUUAAGUUAUGUUAUUCAAAUUGUUGGUUUAUUAUCUUUGACUAUUAGAUCAAUGACACAAGUUGAGAACGAAAUGAACUCUGUUGAAAGAUUACAUCAAUAUGCAUUCCAUUUACCUCAAGAAGGGGCAUAUAAAAAGCCGGAAUCUAAACCACCUGCAGAAUGGCCCCCAUCAGGAUAUAUUCAAUUCAAUAAUGUAUCCUUAAAAUAUAGAGAUCACUUACCUACAGUUUUAAAGAAUUUGAACUUUAGCGUUUACCCUGGUGAGAAGGUUGGUAUUUGUGGUAGAACAGGUGCUGGAAAAUCUUCUAUCAUGUCCGCCUUGUAUCGUCUUGUAGAAUUGAAUGAAGGAUCAAUUAUUAUCGACGGUUUAAAUAUAGCUGAAAUGGGGUUAUAUGACUUGAGAUCGAAGUUAUCUAUUAUUCCACAAGAUCCUGUCUUAUUUCAAGGAACAAUAAGAAGGAAUUUAGAUCCAUUUAAUGAGUCAACAGAUGAGAAGUUAUGGGAUGCAUUAAGAAGAUCAGGCUUGAUUGAUGCAAGUCAAAUAUCUAAGAUUAAGAAUACUAAAUUAGAUCAAAAUAGGAAUAUUGGCCACGAUAGUCUUCAUAAAUUUCAUUUGGACCAAUUAGUUGCUGAUGAUGGAAGCAAUUUUUCGUUAGGAGAAAGACAGUUAAUUGCAUUGGCCAGAGCCAUGGUUCGUAAUUCUAAGAUAUUAAUCUUAGAUGAAGCAACCUCGUCUGUUGAUUAUGAAACUGAUGCAAAAAUUCAGGAAACUAUUGUCAAUGAAUUCAGUCACUGUACGAUAUUGUGUAUUGCUCAUAGGUUGAAAACUAUUCUUCAUUACGAUAGGAUUUUGGUAAUGGAUAAAGGUUCGCUUAUAGAAAAAGGUACACCAUAUAAUUUGUUUACAGAUAGGAAUGGCGUUUUCAGACAAAUGUGUGAUAAGACUAAUAUUAUCGAUGAAGAUUUUCAAUGA